GAAUCAAACUGUCUGGAACACAGUAUGUGGAAAAAGGCACCACCAUAGAUCUCAACUGUACAGCCACAGAUAUAGACUACCGUCCUAAGGGGGUCGACUGGUUCAAGGACGGGACAAGGGUCAAAGCUGGAGGUCGGACUUUGGUGACUGAAUACCUAGUCAGUGAGACGAAUGUCCUUCACAGCAGACUGGAGAUUGAGCGGGUCGGCAUGGAGGAUGCUGGGACCUACGUCUGCAGGUUUUCUCAACAUCACGUGGAGAGCAUGAAGGUCAUUGUAUUGAACA